AUGAAAUUAACCAUAGAGUCAGAUGAUGGUGAAGCAGCAGGUGAUGACAAGAAAAAGAAGAGGGCAAGAACCACUACUGCUAAAGUUCUUGGCAAGCCCUCAAUGAUGAGAGAUCCCUCUGAAGAAGAGGAAGAGGAAGAGGAUGCUGCACCAGCACCCAAAGCUCAGAAGAUUAUGGGAGAUGCUAUAAAGGCAGGGGAUGCUCCAUCAAAGCCCAAGUCUGCUCCCAAAGCUCAAGCUCAGAAGCCCCCAAAACCCAAGAGGAACACCAGAAGUAUACCUACUAAAGAAAAGAACAAGGCCCCAGUGCCUCAAGCUGAAGAAGAGGAUGAUGAUUCACUUGUUUUGAGGAAGUUGAAGCCCAAGAUUCCUGAUCAUAAUGAUGCUAAUCCAGUAGCUGAAGACAUGCAUAUCAGAAAGGAUGCUGGACUGAGAUUGUGGAGACAGUCUGAUCCUUAUGCUGUGAGGAGGAGGACAGCAGUUGAUUACAGGUUUCACACAAAGGAACAGCAAGACUUUUAUGAAACUUUUUUGCUUGACAAGAAGCCCAUUGUAUGUGACAUGAGAUGGGUGGAUUGGGAAUACAUCAAGGAAGAAGAAGAUCACUUUCCAGGAGUUUAUGACAGCUUCAAGGCAUGUGGAGUUGACAAAUUUGUUGGGCAUAAGCUCACCAAAUGGAAUGAUGAGCUGAUCAUGCAGUUUUACUCCACUGCCCACUUCUAUCCAGAUGGGAGGAUAGUUUGGAUGUCAGAAGUACCGAGGGGCAAGCUCUUGGGUUUUCUGGUUUCUCACAGAGGCAUUGAAGCUAACCCGGAAAAGAUCAAAGCAAUCACCUCUCUGGCUAAGCCGGCGUGCAUAAACGACGUCCAGCGUCUGGCGGUCCGCAUCGCUGCCUUGAGCCGGUUUAUAAGCCGUUUGGGUGAAAAGGCCAUGCCACUGUACCAGUUGAUGAAGAAAACAGAUGACUUUAUCUGGAAUGAUGCUGCUAAUGCUGCUUUUGAGGAUUUGAAGAGACAGCUGGCUGAGCCCCCAGUCCUUGCUGCUCUUGUUGACAAGGAUCCCUUAUUGCUGUAUGUAGCCGCUAACACACGAGCUGUCAGUGUGGCUGUGGUGGUGGAGCGUAAGGAAGCAGGUAAG